GAGGGCGUAGAGCUUGCUCAUUGCCUCCAUCGCUCCUUCACGCCUGCCUCGUCCGCUUUCACCUCUAUCAUGCGACAAACGUUCCAUUUAAGCUUUCCCAACCUUCUUUCUGGCAUAUCUCCAUUCUUGGGCUAUUUUUAUUAGACCUUAUGACGAUCCGGUCUUUGCUUGAUAUUAGCAAGGUGUUCACUGAUCCUGGUGAGGAUUGAGAUCUCCUUUUUUCGUCGGGGGGUUAGUACGAAAUGCGACAUAUAUCGGGGUGAUUCCCUGAUGCCCGCACCGGCAUUUCCAUUCGGAUCCUUCACACUUAAGCCAUACUAAUGCUUCAACAAAGAUUCAAUGUCUAUAUGCACUGUACUGAGCAAGGUGUAGUGUCGACAUGAAGGGUAGUCACGACGUGGAUUAUGUCCCACUUAUCGCCGUGGUUGUGCAAUAUAUCGCAGGACAGUUGCGGGAUAAAAUUUUAGUCGCACUGAACCAACGUGGCUUUUCGAAAUUCAAAUUGACACGAUCUCACAAGUUGAUCAGAGUCUUGCCACAGUCGUGAAUGUUGUUUGAUUGUCCGUGAGUUUUGUCUGUAGUAAACUCCAACAUAGCAGGUUUUAGGCCGGUGUCGGCGUUUCAUAUGCCGUAGCCUUGUUUGGUCUGCAGCAACGAUGGCCACUCCAGCCUCCUUUCACGACAAGGAAAUCGACCUCUUGCGGAUCUGAGAAGUGUAGUUGGGCACGUGUUGUUGAAAGAUUGCGUUUCUUGGGGCUGACUUAGUGGCUGGACUGGCCCAACCGGCCACAGGAAUAAUGGUAUUUACAGGGCUACGCUUUGUGCAUUCC